GAUUGCUGCUUGUAAGCCAUGCACCCGCCACGCACUUCCCAAUCUCUCCACCACCCUCUCACCGUGGCCCCUCCUCCUCUCUCCAUCUGGUCACCCCACCAUCCCAAUUCCGCCUAUAUAUAAACACACAGAAACACAGUAAAGCAACAGCAAGAACAAGCUCUCAUAAUCUCUCUGUGGCAUCUCCCCAAACAACUCUUGUGCAAUCUUCUGUAUCUAUCUGGUCUGUGUGAAUUCAUGAGAUCCCAGGUGGAGCAGAGGUUCUCUGAGUUUUUCGAGAGGUGGGUUUUUCAGCUCGAGCAGCUGCAGCAGCAACUUCUCAAGUUGUCGGAGGAGACGCGGCAGAACGAGGCGGAGCUUCGGGCUUUGGUGUCGAAAGCCACCAACCUUCACAAGGAGUAUUACACCGUGAAGUGGGCUGCUGCUCGGGAUGACGUCCUGGCCUUCUUCUGCCCUGUUUGGUCAAGCCCUUUGGAGAAUGCGUAUUCCUGGGUCACGGGGUGGAAGCCAUCAAUGCUGUUCCAGCUCAUCGAGUCGCUGAAGAAGACGAGACUGGUUUCCAUGUCGGAGGAGCAGGUGAGGAAGGUUGAGCAGCUGAGGCAGAAGAUGAAGUACGAGGAGGAUAAGGUGGAGAGGGAAAUGGAGAGGCAGCAGGUGGCGAUGGCGGACAGGAGGAUGGUGGAAUUGGCCCGGCUGGCGACCCGGGCGAGGAACGGGGAAGCGGCGGCGGAGCUGGAAGGGCUGGUGAAUGUGGCGGUGAAGGUGAUGCUGAGUGGGUUGGAGGGGGUGAUGAAGGCGGCGGAUUGUGUGAGGCUCAAGACAUUGAAGGGGUUGUUGGAUUUGCUGAGUCCAUUGCAGAGUGUGGAGUUCUUGGCUGCUACUUGCAUGGUGCAGAUUAAGUUGAGGGAAUGGGGACGAAGAAAUGUGACCAAAAUCAAAUGUUCUCCUUAACCAAAACACCUAAACCUAAUUAGCUAGUCUUUUUAUUUUAUUUUUUUCCUUAUGAAUUAGAAAAGUAUGGGUCCUGAUUUUAUUUUUUAGUAGAUCAAUAGGUUUACGGUGGGAGGAAUCAGUAAGAAUCAAAUUUGCAUUAAGCUAUAUAACAUGAUUGCAUUUCGCCAUAAAUAUAUGAUCCACAUUGGCUUUUGACCCAAUUUAAAUCAUUUUUCAAUGUCAAAAUUAAAGUUUAGAAAACGUCACAAAUUCGAAUCAUUUUUUAAUAUCUCAUUAGAGGUCUCAAACUCGAAUUCCAACCGUCGCGGUAGAGUUUCCA